UCGGUCAACGAAACAGAAAGUGGCCGUACGUCGUCCGUACCGCAAGCGCCGCGACGCACACAAAACACAAACACACACAACAAACUCAACACACGCACUCCUCGCACACCUGUGACGAAGUACAAAUCGUUAUUAAUAAUAAUAAUAAUAAUAUUAUUUUUUGUUUAUCACGAUUUUCGGUUUUUCAUCAUCGUGUUAUAUUUUGAUCGUUUCGUCUCGAGAGACAAGUCCGCGGGUUUCGUAACGGAGAACGCGACCAUCUCGUUUCCGUUUCUUCGUCUUCGUACGGCGUACGUUUGUCGACGUAAUAAUUUGAAAAAAAAAAAAAAACGGUAAAAUUUAUUAUUGCUAUCAUUCGACGCCGCAAGUGCCGGUUUGUCGGAGUGUGUUUACCACCUAACGCCGAUUAGAGAUAAAUAUAAAGACCAUAAGUCGAGAUAAAAAACAACACAUAGUAGUCAUACGCCACAUUUUACGGACGAGACACCGACGUCCGCCGUCUUGCGCCGCUCGCGGCAUGCGAUCGUCGUCGUCUUCGUCGACAAGCGCCGCUCGUCGUUGAAUGGCUCCUCGCCGGAACGCAAUGGGUUUCAACGGUAUCGGACAUUUCGCCGACUUGUUCGGCCCGUCCACCACGACGGCCAUGGAACAGUUGUUCCACCAGCAGCAACAGCAGCAACCCUUUCAACUCGUACAGCAACAGCACUACGAAGAGUGUUGCGUGCCCACCGGCGAUUGCUUCAUGCGGUCCUCGCCCAUCAGGCUGGAAGAUCCGCGCGCCGCCGAACUUUACGCCCGUGUGGUGUGCAGCGACGGCGGAUGUCCGGCAGGCCGGUACAUGCACCGUGAGUGUUUCGACGCCUGGGAACGGCUGGUGUUGGUCUACAUGAAGAACGCUGCCGCCACGUACACCAACGGUAACGUGACGCCUCAGUCCAACGGCCGGCGCAUCAAGGACCUGUGGACGGUCAACGUCAACAACAACAACGUGGUGAACCUCAACAAGAAAGGCUACGAAAUGGCGGUCAAGGCUUGCGGCUGCCGCUGCGGCCGCGGUUACUUGAAGAAGGACUCCGAGUGGCCACAGCAGUCGUCGUCGUCCGUUGCCGCCGCCGUCCGCAGACGCUCGUCCGGUGGCAGCGGUUGCGCCGCGGACGAUGCCGUGGACGGUGGCAGGACGUCGGCCGCACCACCGGCCGUCGGAAAGAAGAAGAAGCGUCGGCAGCCCGCCGCCAGACAACCGGCAUCCGCUGCUUCCGCGAUGAUGAUGGCCGACUACACCGAGCUGCGGCUUCGCGCCGGCAGCCUGUCCGGUUCGUCCAACGGUUCCAGUUCUCCCAUCACUAAUUCCGCUAGCAGCGUGUCUCCCGCCCACUCGGGAUCGUUUGGUUCCAGCACCGGCGCCGGUUCCGGUUCCGGGUCAUCGUCUUCCAAGAAGCGCGGGGCCUGUUUGAAAGACGUUUUCGAGAGGCAGUCAUCUAUGAAUGGUAAUGGGAUAUUUUGCCGUCGUCUGGAUUUCAGUACAUUUAAUCGGCUACCUCGGCACAUGCUCAACUCCUAUCACGUAAAGAUUGAAGACGAGGGCAACCACGGAAACGAUGAGACUAGAUCGUUCAUUUUGUCGUCGUUGGCCGCUCAAAACCAAUCGCGAGUCAACUGCGUCCUGUGCUCAGACGUCAUGUUGGUGUUCGACCGUUAUCCGCUGGUGGAUGGUACAUUUUUCCUCAGCCCCAAGCAAUACAACAAAAACGCUGUCGAGGUGAAAAACGAGGGACGGGCUCUGUUCCUAAACGCUGUUUGCAUGAAAUGUCUGGAUGGCAAAGACGCUGAUCGGAAGUUAUGUUGCCGAUUCUGCGCCACCCAGUGGGACGGAUCAUCGCUCAUUAUGGGCACCAUGUACGCGUACGACGUAUUCGCAGCUAUGCCAUGUUGCAACGAACGACUCAAGUGCAACGGCUGUCAGAAAGCAUUGAUGUUGUCGCACCAACGCCUAAACUUCUAUAGCGAUUAUAGCCGAAAAGUCACCUGUCCGCAUUGCACUUCCGUCGACUAUCACUUCGUAAAACCGCUCGCGGUAUACUACACCCGGCAGUGGCCAUAACAUACGGCCACGGUUCCGACCACAAUGGUCGGAACCGGUGGCCGCCAACCGGCAGCUACCACCGUCGCUGCAUCAGCAGUAUCUUCUUGCUCCUCUUCAUCUGUCGCUGUCGCCCCGCCGACUGUACUUCAACAGCUUCAAAACCAUCAGCAACUGCAACAGUUGCAACAACAGCAACAAAACGCGCCGCCCGAUUACACUUCGGUAGCCAUCGAAAAGCUGCUCCAUUCCAUAUGGGACAACAAAGUCAACGAUAUCAUGGCAGCCAUUAAUCACUUGGGUUUGGUUUAAACUACUUUAAUGCGGUUGAGUGUGUAGAAAACCGAAUAGGCUUUUUCAUCUUUUCAAAAAACAAAAAAAAAAAACAAAAAAAAUACAAAGGUGU